GCAAACUGAAUGGACGCAUAUUGAAGGGGCUCCCACAGCCCACGCUGAUAUACCCGAAAUACUCACCAACUCGAUGCCUGCAUAGAUGCCAGGGUACGCUCCUCACGUUAAGGGCACCCUGGUGAAUCACCGGAUACCUGACACGAGUAUUUCCCACAAACGAAAACCCGAGAUAAAAAGCUGCGGCCUACGGCGGAUGGGGCUGGGGGGAGGCGGCUGCUCUCCUCGCCCUUAUGCUGGGAGUACAGAGCCACUGACUGCCCGCUCCCCCGCCUCAGGACCGGUGGGGGUAAUCCGGUCCAACCCCUCCAAGCAGCCUGGCCACAACAGACACAGACUGCAAAACCACAUGAGCAGUCUCCAGCAACAAUGGCGAACACCGCAUGCGACAAUACCUGCGGCAAAGAACGGCCCAAUAUCCUGACCAGACUUAAUGCCAUAUUCGAUGCCUUUUGGGCAAAACUGGACAGCACAGCAGCCUAACAUACCUGAAAAUCACCCACACAGAGAAAAGCCUGCACGCCCCUGCCACAACUCUGCAGGCCUCCAUCUGAACAAGGCCUCAAGAUGGCGCCAGAAAGGGAGACCUCUCCACCCAGCCCGCAAACUGACACGAAUGAACAGAGCAGCGGAGCCAGCUCAAAGGAGGCCACAGACACCCUCUAACACCAGCAAGAAGCAGCAACCUGCUAAAUACCUGCAGAGAAGCAGACCACACUCACAACACCAGACCCAGACAAAUCCACAGAGAUCCUGGGAACCACCAACGACGAUGCCACCUCCCAAAGCCACAAACACAAGCCCCCACGCCGCUGGGCAGAUGGGCCUGAAACUGGGACUCAAGCAGUUGGACUUUGGGAUGCUGUAACUAUCCACGCCUGACACACACGAGAACCGGAAUCUGCCGCAAUUCAGCAAGAGGGCACAAAAGAACACCAGACCGGGCCAAAGAAGGGACUAUCUGUACCUGCACACUAGCGGCAUUGGGUGAAGGGUUGCAACUGCGGGGACUCUGUCUGCUGCCGCUGAGUUACGGUUUUCACUCACUACAUUUAUUUUUCAUUCAUUGAAUCGUUGCUCCCUAUUAUGUUACCCAUCCCUAUCCAUGCCUCAUCUCAGCAGUAUAGCAGCACAUACAUUACCAGUCUGCACUUAACCCAUGGUCACCAAUGACCAGCUGGUAAUUAACCAGUCUUAUUUUACACCCUGAACUGACUGGCAAAGCAUACAGUUACAUUUAUGUAUUCCGUUUUUUCUUUCUUUUCUCUCAAUACGUUAUAUAGGCAUGAAACCUAGAAUACUAGCCUGCUUUACAUAGUAUAAUGUUACCCCUGCUAGCUUACUACUCAGUUAAUCAUAAUACUAUGUUUCCAAGAUAUAUAAAUCGUACUUCAUAUAAGCUACAUACUUCUAAACUUACGCGCGACUAGACUUGUUAAAGGCAUAUCCGCCAAACCAUGUUAUAUCAUCUAAGCGAUGUCCACUAGCCUGGUAACGUCAUAAUAUAUAAAAAUGUGUUGACCAAACUGCCACAAUGUGAAAUGCUAUAAAAAUGCUUGUGGAUGCUGUUGUGGCUCCACACGCUUGUUGUCAUUAUAUGCACACAAAAAAACAAAGAAAGAAUUUUUAAAAAAAUGGCUCUCUCUACUAGUGGGUUUAGGCACCGAUGGCAAGUAAGUU